AUCAGCACGCCGUGGGCUCAAGCGGCGUGCCUGCUUGCCGACGAGCGGCGCACGGCAGCUUGGCCAGUGGCACUCUCAGGGCACACAAAGAUGGGUGCAGAUUCUGCGGUGUCACGUAACACCCUUUGAUCCUCUAAAUCAGCAGUGAAACCCUCAGUAGCUACCUACCACAUUUACCUCCACCCCUGACCCGACCUCCCCAGUUUUUGUCCCUGGACGCGCCGCUGGGCGCCAGUGACGCGCCCUCUGUCGAGUCCGGACGGACGGCAGGGGGCUGGGGCCGGCGGCGGCGGAGAGUGGGCGGCGGCGCAGCAGCGGCGGCCGCGGUGGAAGAGUGCUGAGAUCAGCGACUGGAAAACGCAGAAACAGCGACAGAGAGGAGGAAUUGGACCACCGUGUGGGGACACCUGAGCCGGCACCAUGAGCAGCCUGGUCGAGAAGGUUCGCGAGGACUGGCAGGAGUUCAAACGCGAGGAGCCCGUGGCCAUUUGGACCACCUACGUGACAGUGGUGGUGCUGGUUUGGCUGCUGGCUCCCACUGCUCUCUACCUGGCACUGACCGGCGUGCUCUACCUCGCCUGGCGAAGGUGGAUGAUAGGAGCACGCUGCCGCAGUGUCGCAUCGCUCGAGGGAAAGACGGCCGUGGUGACGGGCGCUAACGCUGGAAUCGGUCGAGAGGUGGCGCUGGAACUGAGCCGGCGCGGCGCGCGUGUGAUCAUCGCUUCCCGGGAUGUCAGCAAGAGUCGACUGGCGGCGGCUGGUAUUCGUUCGGAAACUGGUGGUGAAGUUAUCGUUAAGCAGCUCGAUCUAGCUUCGCUAGCGUCCGUGCGCCAGUUUGCAGCCGAUAUUGAGCGUACGGAGCCGAAGGUGCAUAUUCUGGUCAAUAACGCGGGCAUGCUGAUGACGGAGAGAAGGAAGACUGAGGACGGUCACGAGAUGAUGUUCCAGGUGAACUUCCUGGGUCCGCUGCUGCUCACCCACCUGCUGACUAAGAGGUUGGAGGAGAGUGCGCCGUCCCGGAUCGUGAACGUGUCGUCAAUGGGUCACUGGUUCACCGAUUUUGAUCUCAGUGAUCUGGACGGCGAGCGGCGUUCGUUUGAGGUGUGGCGUCGCUACGGCACCUCCAAACUCUGCCAGAUCCUGUGGACGCGCGAGCUGGCGCGGCGGCUCCGUCAGCGCAGCGUCAGCGUGUUCUCUCUGCACCCGGGCGUGGUGAACACGGAGAUCAGCCGCGAGCAGCGCGACCGCUGGUGGUAUUCGGCCACCCUGCACGGCAUCCUCUUCAGCUAUGUGUUCCGCAGCGCCAAGAUGGGCGCCCAGACGGCCGUCUACUGCGCCGUGGAGCCCGGCCUGGAGCACGAGUCGGGCGGCUACUUUGCCGACUGUGCCCCGGGCUGGAGCAGCGCUCAGGCCAAGGAUGACAAGCUGGCUGCACGGCUGUGUGAGGAGGCCGAGCGGAUGCUCGACAUCAAGCUGGUCUCGGCGUGAGGUGGCGCCACCGUCGGUGCUGGUCUAUCUAGAUGGCAGCACCUGUACCUGCUCACGACGGCAGCUCUGUUCACAGUUGGGGAGUGAGACGGACAUUGGACAUUGGACAAUUGCGUUAUUUCUCGCAGAUCAGCGGCUCAGAACAACGUGACUCACAAGUUACUGAGAUUGUUAAGGUGAUCACACAUGCAAGGAUCAAAUGCAUGUUAUUGAUUCUGAAAAUCGUAGAUCACCCUCAAGAUGUCAAUUAUCCAUGUGUUCGUACCUAUGUGAUUGUGCCUUUCCAUGCUCUGGAUGAGACAUGAAGCGAUUGAACAAACAAUGUUUAUCAAAUGGACCUACCAAGCAGGUAUUUGUAUAACACAAUGUAAUCUUCCAAUCGCUUUCCAUAGUGGGGAUUAAACAUGGGUAAUGACCCAAUGUUGAUACUUCACCAGUCACCACUGGUGAACUCCAUUUAGCGUUACCUUGCUCUAGAAGCAUAUCAGUAUAUUUAGAGGAAACUUGCUCACUGCUCACUUAUGCUGGUAAUGCGUCAUUUUCUCUCGCGGUGCAUCAAUCGAUUGGUGUGCCAUCAGAGGCCGGAACUGGCCUGACGACCCAUGUGCCUAAUUCUCCUCGAGACGGUGAGGAUUGAUAAUUGCUAAGCAUUAAAUGUUACAGCUUACGCUAUGUGAUCACUUGUAGUCAAAUGAACCCCGCGGUUUCACAAAUAAACGAUUAUAUAAUA